CCCGCGAGAUCUUGUUCUUGGUAAUGUUUCUACCGUUGCCAAGGAUACAACAGCGUCGCAGUCUCGAGUCUCAGGUCAAAACAGCAUCCUAUUAUUUUACAGAGGCCCCGUUUGGAUAAAUGAAAGAGAUCAUGGAGCAGGAAGAUGAACUGAAUGAUUUGAGGCUUCAGUUCCAAAAGCUACAGAAACAGCAGGAGAAAAGAAAACUGGAAAGAAAACAGGAGAAAGAACAGCUGAAGUUUAAUGCCAGCGCUUCACAGGAUGAUUUGGAUCUAUCUGAGCCAGGAGUUCAGGCAGACAAUCUUGAAAAUAGGCUGCUACAAAAUGAGAAUGAAAAUUUGCUGGACCAGCUAAGGGGACUCAAGGAUGAAAAUGGCCGGCUCAUUAAACUCCUCAGUGAAAAGGAUUUUGAAAUCAAACACUUGCAGAAGAAAAGAGAAGAGGACAGACUGGCCUUUGCAGACACACCAGGCUUGACAGGAGAUAAUGCAGCUACCAAGAUUGUUGAACUUUCUAGGAAGAAUAGAAGGCUGACUGCUGAAGUAGAGCGAGAAAAGAUUAAAUCCAAGCAUAACAGCAACAGAAUUAAAGAUCUUGAGAAAGAGCUCAAGGCUGCUUUGAUGAACUCUCAAUCUGGGCAAAAGACUGAUAAAAAGUCACGUAGUAAGAGCUCAUCUGCAGACUCUGAGCAGGAAGAUCCGUUGGUGAAAUCUCUGCAGGAAAAACUAGCUGCUGCCCAGCUGAAAGUGAUAGAGUAUCGCAAUCAGGUUCAAUCAGUUAAACAGGAGUUGAAAGUAGCUCAGAAGGUUUUGAUCAGUGAAGUUGGGGAGGAGGUCAAUUUUCAGCACCUGCUUAGUUGUCCAGGGACCUUUAGAGGCCGUUCCCAGCAGAUUCUGGCUCUUCAGAUCAGGGUGAAGGAUCUGGAACAGCAGCUGCAACAGUCAUCUCAGCGAAGGCAGCCGAGUGUCCUGAGUGGAGAAGAAGAGUAUCUGGGCAUGGGGGCCUUACAGAAGACCCCUCCUCAAGACAGGAACUUCAGCCACAUCCGCACCAUUGAGAAGGAGAAAAGAGAAGCUUUUGAGAGAAUCUCAGCGGACUAUGAGGCCCUCCUGAAAGAACACGAGGAUGUGAAGAAAAAGCUGGAAGCUUCUAAAGCCAGGAACAAAACUCUGACUGCUGAAAUGAAAACUCUGAAGGUCCAGAUCUCCACCCUCUUUGAGAAGGGCAAACAUGAUGAUGAACUUGUGGCUGCUCUGCUGAAGCAGCAGAGCCAGAUGCAGGAGGUGCUGAAACAGCUCAGCCAACCGCAGAACAUACAGAGCAAAGAGACUCAGCUAACCCCGAGACCACAGCAAAACAGUGAGUCUUCAGAGCACAGCGCUCUCAUCAAGAAGCUCAAGGAGAUGGUUGCUCUGAAAGAUGCCAAGAUAAAAGAACUAGAGGAAGAAAUCCAGCAGCUCCCUGUCAGGCUGUUGCAGGAAGAGAGCUACGAAAGACAAUCCAGCCUCAGGACAACAGACUACAGUUCAGGUUUCCCCCCUGAAGAGGGAGACAUUUACAAGAGAAUGACAUCGUCAGGAUCUGUCUCUAAAUUUGGUCAUAAACUAGUACUGCCUGCUGUUGGAAGCAGUAUAGAAUCCAAGAGUUCAAGCCCCUUAAAUUGUCCACAAUGUACAGCUGAUGUGAGUGCACUGAUGACCCAUAAUCAGGAGUAUAAUACACUUUGUGCAGAGAGGGAUGGACUGGUUAACACACUACACAUAAAGGACAUGGAGGUGAAACAGAAGCUAUUGGAGGCAGAACAGAAGUACCAGGAGGCACACCGCAGGAUUGUCAUCCUGGAGCAGCAGCUAGAGAGGACAAAAUAAGAUCCAAAGUAAGGACUUGCAUGUCAAAGCCAUAUGACAGCAUGAUGUAACAGUUUCAAACAGUUAUAUGUUAUUAAAAAGCCUCACUCAUGAA